AUGCCAGACGGGUCGGGAAGAAGUCUAUACAAAUCUACUUUCAAUACUCUUGCUCGUGAAGAAUCUUUUAGAAACCCCCCAAAAGACGGCUCAACAUACAAUAUCCUGAACGAGUUUGUCGCCCCGCAUAUUGAAUCUUUUAAUGCGUUAUUUGAUGAUUCAGGAUUGCCUUCUGGAGACGGUGAUGGGAGAGGCCUUUUGAAUCUUUGCUUAAAAGAUAUCGGAGAACGAGUCAUAUUCGAUGGGUCUGGAAGAGCCGAUUCAGAGAACGGUACUGGAGGUUGGGGAAAUAGAAUGAGAGUGUGGAUAGAGCAAGUUACAGUAGCUCGACCUAUGGUUCCUGAUAAAGACAGAACAGCCACGGAGCGCAAAGUAUUUCCAACCGAAGCUCGAGAACGUCUCACAUCAUAUCGCGGUCGUAUGACUAUCAAGAUUUGCUGGACAGACACCUCUGGCCAACAACACGAUACAAUGAAAGAUUGUGGUCUUGUACCCAUCAUGGUUCGGUCGGUUAGGUGUAAUCUGAGGUCUAUGUCAUCUGCAGAUCUUGUCAAACAUCACGAAGAACCUGAAGAAUUCGGCGGCUAUUUUGUCAUCAAUGGUAACGAGCGUCUAAUUCGCUAUCUCAUUCUCCCUCGCCGCAAUCAUGUCAUUUCCUUGCUUCGCCCUUCCUUCACCAAUCGAGGUCCUUCAUAUACCCAGUAUGCUGUUCAAAUUCGCUGCGUACGUCCUGACCAAACCAGCGUUACCAACACCCUUCACUAUCUGCAAAACGGUAGUGCCAUGCUCAGAUUUACAUGGCGAAAGCAAGAAUAUGUAAUCCCCAUAAUGCUCGUUCUCAAGGCCCUUGUUGGUGCUUCAGAUAAGGAAAUAUUUGAAGGAGUCAUGAUGCAGGAUUACGAGAACACCUUCCUGUCGGAUCGAGUUGAGCUACUCCUACGCAGUUUCAAAAUGUUCACAAUGCACACUGGGGACCAAUGUUUGGAAUACCUAGGUGAUAAAUUCCGGGUAAUUUUAGGUCUUCCAGAGGACUGGUCAAAUGCUGCACAAGGCGCCUGGUUGAUCAAGAAGAUGAUCCUGGUUCAUGUCGAAUCGCCCAGAGACAAGUUUAGGAUGCUAUUAUUCAUGCUUCGAAAGCUGUAUUCUCUGGUGUCCGGAGCAUGUUGUGCUGACAACCCUGAUUCACCUCAGCAUCAAGAGGUUUUGUUGCCAGGAAGUCUGUACGGAAUGAUCAUCAAAGAGCGUAUGGAGGACAUUUUGAACAAUAUAAAAAGUAACAUUAUGGCCGACGUCAGAAACGGUUUGGCAGUCGAUUUCAAUGACAAAAGAUACUUUUUGAAGGCAUUAUCGAAAGUCAAUUGUGACAUUGGAUCUAAACUCGCCAAUUUCUUAGCCACAGGUAACCUUAUAUCACCAACCGGUCUUGACUUGCAACAAGCUUCAGGAUUUACCAUUAUUGCCGAAAAAUUGAACUGGCAGCGUUACAUCAGUCAUUUCCGAUGUAUUCAUCGUGGUGCAUUCUUCGCCGAACUCAAGACUACCACCGUCCGUAAAUUGCUACCUGAGGCGUGGGGUUUCUUAUGUCCAGUACAUACCCCUGAUGGGUCGCCAUGUGGUCUCUUAAACCAUUUAUCUCGAUCAUGUCGAAUCGUCACGAGUCCUCUUGCAGUUGCCCACAUACCUGCUCUUCUUGCUGCCCAUGGCAUGACACAGGCAUUCACCCCAUCAAUUGAUGGUCGAAAAAAUCUCUGUGUACAACUCGAUGGUCGCGUUAUAGGAUGGGCCCGACCAUCCAUUGCACAGCAAUUGGCUACCAACCUGAGAAUAUGGAAAACAGAAGGAAAACUGGACGUACCAUUGGAUCUGGAGAUUGGACUCGUUCCGGAAUCGAAAGGUGGUCAAUACCCCGGACUUUACUUGUUUUCAACGAGAGCACGAAUGAUGCGACCUGUAAAAUAUCUUGCCAACGGUCGAGACGAUCAAGUUGGACCGUUUGAACAGGUUUAUAUGGAUAUUGCCUGCACUCCUGAAGAAAUUGAACCGAAUGUGUCCACGCACGUUGAGCAUGAAGCAACGAAUUUUUUAUCAAUCCUGGCCAACCUUACUCCAUUCUCCGAUUUCAAUCAGGCAUGUAGCCCUCGAAACAUCUACCAGUGCCAGAUGGGUAAACAAACCAUGGGUACUCCGUCGACGGCCCUUCAACAUCGAACAGACAACAAGCUGUACCGGCUGCAAACCGGUCAAAGCCCCGUAGUGCGCCCUGCUUUGCACAAUACAUACGCCAUGGAUGCUUUCCCUAACGGUACCAAUGCAAUCGUCGCCGUUAUUUCGUAUACAGGUUACGAUAUGGAAGAUGCCAUGAUUCUCAAUAAAUCUGGACACGAACGUGGCUUUGCUUAUGGAACAGUAUACAAAUCUCAAAUCGUCGAUCUCAAGGACAUGCGGGGGGCUUCCAAAUCCACUGCUUCACCCACUCUCCAUUUCGGUCUAGGUAAUGAUAUUCCCCUAUCUGGAGAGAAAAUGCAUCCUUGCCUGGACUUCCUUGAUUAUGAUGGUCUUCCUCACAUUGGCGCAAGAUUGGUAUCUGGAAACUACAUUGCUGCCUACGUCGACGAUACGACUGGUCGGACGAAGUUUGUCAAAUAUAAAGGCGAUGAAAUUGGAUAUGUAGAUCAAGUACGCCUUCUCGGCAGUGAUGCUGGAGAUAGCGAACUGCAAAAAAUUCACAUAACAUUGCGCAUUACCCGCGCACCUGUUAUCGGUGAUAAGUUUUCAUCGCGACACGGACAGAAAGGUGUUUGCUCUCAGAAAUGGCCUGCCAUAGAUAUGCCUUUCAGCGAGAGCGGUAUGCAACCCGACGUCAUCAUCAAUCCUCAUGCUUUCCCCUCUCGCAUGACAAUAGGCAUGUUAGUCGAAAGUAUGGCAGGCAAAGCUGGAGCUAUGCAUGGCCUUGCUCAAGAUGCCACGCCCUUCAAAUUUUCAGAAGAAGAUACCGCGAUCAACUAUUUCGGAGAACAACUAGUGGCUGCAGGGUAUAAUUAUUAUGGCAAUGAACCUAUGUACUCAGGCAUAACGGGACAAGAGUUUGCAGCAGACAUCUAUAUCGGGGUCGUCUACUACCAACGAUUACGUCACAUGGUGUUGGACAAAUUCCAAGUUCGUACAACAGGCCCUGUCGAUCCAGUAACGCGUCAACCCGUCAAGGGUCGCAAACGUGCAGGUGGUAUUCGUUUUGGAGAGAUGGAACGAGACGCGUUGAUUGCCCACGGUACAUCUUUCUUGCUACAAGACAGAUUGAUGAAUUGCUCGGAUUAUUCCACUGCAUGGGUCUGCCGAACCUGUGGGAGCCUCAUUUCUCUUGGUUACGACGAUAUUAGCCUUGGAGAGAUGGUCGUAGGAAACUCGGGUUCACUAAAGCCCACUGGACCAGGUGGGGAAUACUGCCGAGUUUGUAGGGCAGCUGCCGAAGAGCUGGAGGAACGCGAACGACAAGCAUUGGCUUCUGGUCAGAGCCUACAACCCCCACAGGCAGACCUUCGGGUGGCAAUCUCAUCACAACAUGUGCUCAACCGAGUAUCAUCAAAAGGCGGUGACCUAGAUGUCGUUGCUGUACCAUAUGUGUUUAGGUAUCUAUGCGCAGAGCUGGCAUCCAUGGGUAUCGCCGUAUCCUUGGAAGUUCGAUAG